ACGAGCCCACGCCGCGCGUCAUUCCUCCGCACGACGAACGUGAGCCCGUGGCGGAGCCAAGCACACACGUAUCGGACGGGGGGAGGGAGGCGCACGCCGACCUCACAGGUUUCGCCCCUCCCCGAGCCUUCCGACGACGAAUCGGCUCCGCCUGCCGUUCCUCCUCCUCCUCACCCCCUGAGCCAGUGCCGCACAGGUGUAGCGCACCCGUCCAUCCACAGAACCUGGCCGUCCGAUCGCUCCUCCCUCUCCCAUCCUCCAUUAGCCCGCCCACUCCUCCCCUGGCCAAAAGUAGCACCCGCUUACUCCAUUGAACCCCGUUCCCCAGGAGGCGAGAAACAGAGGAGGAGCUCGAGGCGUUCCUUCCUUUGUUUCCUCCCUAUUCAUAGUGUCUCGUCUCUCCUCCUCCCACUUUAAUUAGGGCGUCCGUAACGGAUAAAGGAGUGAAGAAGAAAGAGAGGAGAGGGAGAGGAAGGGGGAGGGAAUGAUGUUACUGCUGUUUCUGUUCGUCGCCCUGUUCUUGGUGUGCUUCGGGAUGGGCGUGGUGUUCAUGGUGUACAUGUGCAUGCUGUGGUCGUCGAUGCUGCGGAACGGGGAGGGGAACAAGAGCGGGAAGGGGCUGUCCACAGCGGAGCUGGAGCGGCUGGGCGGGGAGGCGGACGGGGGGGCGGUGGCCGGCCAGGAGUGCGCGGUGUGCCUGGAGGACAUCGAGGCGGGACAGGCGGCGCGGGUGCUGCCCGAAUGCCGGCACGCCUUCCACCGCCUCUGCGCCGACCGGUGGCUCUCGGCGCACCCGGACUGCCCCCUCUGCCGCGCCCAACUCCACCCUCCUCCUCCCCCUCCCCCUCCGCCUCCCUUGGCUCCGCCUUCGGUCCCCGUGCAGGUGGUCGUGGCUGCAUGA